AUGGCAGGCAUCGCUGUCACUGCCUUUGCCCAUGAUGAUACCCCAGUAAUAAAGGGGCAUGAACAACCGCGAAACGGGCGCAUGACGGACCUGCAGCACACUCCUGCAGAUUCAUCCGGUCCUGUCCUUUCCUCUUCUUCACCAUCACCCAGCACUGCCCAGUUGCAACCGAACGAGACUGCCUUCAUCAUCCACGAGCAGCGGCUGUGCACGCCGCAUCGCCGCCAGACUUAUACCCGCCGCCCAACUAAUCUCACCGACUCAUCGCCCAAGUCGCUGGUGGGCACACCGAGAGCAGCACCGCGAGCUAGACAAGGGUCGCACGACACUCUCGAGUCCACUCCCAAUAACACCACUACUGCUGCCUGGUCCAGCCUUCGCACUCCUGAACCAACUUCGCCGUGGCAGGAAUCAACUUGGUCACACUACGCCGGCCGUCUUCGCAACAUCAGCCCGCUCCAGUCGUCGACCGUUUACACGACGCCUGCCCGGGCCCGCGCCACACGAGAGUCGUCUCCAGCGAACUCGUUUAGGCCGAGAACCCCUACAACACCGGGUGCCUCGACACUUUCCUUUCUCGCCGCCAAGAUGGCCGCCCUCGCGGCGCUGGCCUCGCCCGCCACCCCCGGCAACGGCAACGGCUGCGGCGACGAGCUAAUUGAUCUGGACAUUGAGGCCGCGCUCUUCCCGGACGGCGCCACACACGACGACGAAAACGGCGACGAGGCCGCGGCGUACAGAAGCCUGCAGGCCAACGCCGUUGGACUGCUGCAGCGCUUCCAGACCACCUAUCAGAGUCAAACGAUUGCGUUUCGGACGCUCCGGGCCGAAAAGGAAGCCCUCGAGGACGAAAAGAGCGAGGCAGAGACGAGGGCCCGCCACGCCAAGCUGCAGCUGGACGAGGUCGCCAGUAGGGCGGCCGAAAAGGGCGCCGCCAUGCAGGCCUAUAUUGACGAGCUGCGGCGGGAAAACAAGGCGCUCUUGCAAGAAGUCAACGCGCCCUCGACGAUAUCAGAGGACCUGGGCGCCGAAGAGGAUCAAUCCAAGAAGAGAUGGCGCCGUAGUGGUGACACCUUCAAGACGGAACCGGGCUCCGACACGGACGGAGAGAGUGUCGCUAAUGUCAGCAUCUUCUCCCGUUCCAGAAGCCCAACGAUAGCGACUACGAUAUCCGAAAUGGGCCCCUUUGAGACUGUCCCCCGCACCCGGUCCUCCAUCACUACAACCGGCCCCUCUCACACAAUAACCCCCCAGAAGCCACCACAACAAAUGACGGCAUUUCGCAAACUCAUGAAGGGCAUCUCCGGGGAGGACAGUGUGCGCACCGUCGCCGCAUGUAGCAACUGCCAGGGUCAGGACGCGAGCGUCGCCUGGGACACGGCCGGUCUGAUGCGCGACGAGAACCGAGGUCUCAAGAUGCGAGUCACCGAGCUGGAAUCGGCUCUCGAAGGCGCGCUGGAUAUUGUGAAUGGCCUGGAACUAUGA